UGUUUUAAAGCAGGAAUUCGCGCACAGUGUUUUUUGGUUUUUGUUCUGAUUGUUCACUGCACAGUUUUGUUUGUUUUUCGUCACCACACUCUUUGUUGCGUUAUAUAUAUACAUAUAUGUAUGUACAUUAGGGUGAUUCAAAAAAAAUUUUUUGUUUUUUUUUAUUGGUACUCGGAAAAAUGGGUUCCUAGACACCUCUAAGAAAUCAUCUCCAAAUAUGAGUUUUUAAUUGUAACGGGAAGGUCCUCCGCCUAACGGUUUUCUAUUUUUUCUUAUUAUCAGAUAGAAAAAUUUAUAUCUCGCUUCCAACUACUUGAAAAAAUAUCCUGUUAAUUAGGUUUUGUAGGAAAUUGAAUGCUCUAAAAUAUGGUCUCUUAUGAUUUUUUCGUAAACCCAACCGUUUAAAAGAUAUUAACGGUUGAAAUUUGACUACUUUUGGAAAAAUUCUUUAUUUCUUAUUAAUUUUAUAAUUCAAUGAAAAAAAAUAGAGGUCCAAUCACUUCCCUCCGUCCUAAUGUAGGCAGUAUUAAUCUGAUCUUUGGAUACCAUUUUGCUCAGCCUGGCGGUUUCUCUACAACUUUCUAUCGAUGUGCAGAAAGAUCGCCAUGAGUCGUUUUUAGCUUUCCUGACUGCAUUUUUGUAUCUUUUCAUAAUAUCUUUAUAUGGCUGCCAGAUUUGGUUCUAAAACUAUCAUUGAAAGCUUUCCUUAGUUGUGUUCUCAAAUUUUUGAGUUCACAUUUCCACCAAGGAAGAGGCUUUCUCUUUUUCAAAACUGUUAGUGGAGUAGAUUUAUUGAAAGUUGUGGUUAAGAUUUUUUCCAACUUCUCUACUUCUGAAUCUAGUUCCUCUGGAUUUCUGAUACUCUUAUUGACUCUCUUUUUGAGGCGUUUUGUUGCUAUACUGGUAAGUUUUUCCCAUGCUGUUCUUCUAGGAAUCCGUUAUGUGAGAGGAGCACUGUAUUUCUCGCGGAUGCUGAAGAGUAUCCAGGAGUGAUCCGACGUGGAAGGCUUAUCGGAUACCCUCAAGUUAUCCACAACGAGACUGUCCAUGUCUGUUGAUAGCGUGAGGUCAAGCACUUCCUCCCACCCCGGAAACCUAUCAGAGCUUGGUAAAAUAAAAGUUGGCUUAUCGCCCUUGUUGCAUAUACUUAGAUUACUAUUAAGAAUAUACUGCAAGACUGACUCACCUCUGGUGUUUAUGCUGGAGCUACCCCAUACGGUGUGCCUUGCGUUUGCAUCACACCCUAUUAGGACAUCUUCUUUUCUACUAGUUUGGUGAGCGGGGGCGGUGGUAUGUCUUCGUCGUGGGCCAAAUAGGCCGAGACCAAGAAGAAGGGCUUUUCCUUCUGUUCCACCUUUACCACUAGGAUAUCUGCUGUGCUGUAAUUAGGACAAAGAAAUGCACUUAUACUUUUAUUGAUAAGAAUGCAUGCCGUAGGUUUACCUUUGUUCCGUGUGUAAAACAGGUUAUAGCUGCUGCUGUUUAGCCCUUUAAUGGUAUCUUCUCUGACCCAGGGCUCCUGUACUAGGCUGAUGUCGAUGCCCCCCUCGUUCAUGAGGAUUGUCAUAUUCGCUGUAGCACUCUUCGAGUGCUGCAGGUUUAUCUGUACGCAUCUUAAGUUAUUGGGCAUCUCGGGUUUUUUCGAUGCCCACAUUCUUUAGUAACUGGCUGGCAUCGUCGACCUCUUCCGUGUCGUCUUCGUCAGUCCCUUUGUCGCCAUGGAAGAUUUUUAACCUGGCCUUUCGAAUUCCGAAGCUGAUUUUAUAGUCAGUCUUCUUGAGAGCCUCAAUGGACUCGUCGCAAAUGGCCACCAGUAUUGGUCUACUUGCUUUAUUUGAUUUUUCCUCCUUGAUCAGCUGCCACUCAUCUAUACCAGGUAUAGAUUUAUUCUGCAGCUUAAUACACCUCAGGAGUUUUUCGCCUGGCUCCUCUAAUGGGGACAGCCAAAUGCGAGCACGAGGUCUCUUCGGAAUGUUCCUGACCUCAAUUGGAGUCCUACAAAGGCGCUGCUGAUUUUCGCAACACUACCCGUCAGGAAAUCUAGCGAGGCCUGUCCACGCACUUGAUGACUCUGUAGCCCCUGAGGAUCUCAGCGGAGUCAAACUCCGGGUGAGGACCCGCCGGGUUGUCGAGUACAUAGCUUAGCACCGUACUCGACAAUCUGACGUCGAUCUCCACCCAUCUUUCCUGAUACGUACUCGGUGAGAAGGAAUUUCCAACUUUGAUGGCCACUUUCAGGCUAUCCCUGGCUGCACGCAGAAAUGCCUUGCCGCUGGUGCACUACUGUGUUCGCCUUCAUUCCGCAUCGGUUUUUUUAGGCAGUGUUUCAGUAGUAGAUCGAUACCUUUUUUGUGAAGUGCUCUCCUGUUUGUUCUCUUCUAGAGGUUCUGAUUGCUUCCUUUUAGGUAGCUUUCACAUUCCUCCACUAUUGAUUUGAGGCGCUUUGUUUCUGCCUCAUCAACUGGGGUACCGGCUGCCCGGUCUUUGGCUAUCUUCCCUAGUAUGUAGACUGUCUUCUGGUACCGAUUUUUCCCCAGCUGAUUCUGGGAUUUCUUGCUUCUUCUUUUUGAUUUCUCCUUUAGCCACCAGUGCACUUUGGUUGGUGCUCAUGGCAGCUUUGGAGGUGGACACUGCCUCCCUUAAAUCUGCUGUUUUCACUGCUGUAUCUACCGGUAUACUUUGGUUGGUAUGUCAGGCAGUACUCUUACUCGUCUCCUGGCUGGAGGCGAGUAAUUCGUCUUCUUCGGAUUCCGUAAUGGGAAAUCCUGUAUUCAUGUCCUUAGACGUCCCUGUUGUCGUCAGUUUGGUUGUUGUAGUUGUUGUUGUUUCCGUUCAUUUUUGGUCCCAUGAGUUAGCCGGAAAGAGUUGGUCACUCGUCCGCAGAGCCGGUAUGCGGAGAGAAGGCUUUUAUACCUCCGACCUCGCCCGGGCAUCGGAGGGGACCGUUUGCGAUCAGCUAUUUAUUACCUCCCGCUGACCAUUCCGCGAUACAAGCGUAUUGAGAGUUUUAAAAUGAUUAUAAGAACUUUCUUCCUGAGAAUGGUUGGUUUGAACUUCCAUAGAAAUUGUUGCUCCUCUCCAGCGUUCAAAUCUUUAAUUUUUAACAUUUGUUUUACGGUCAUUCUCAAAUUUUUGGUAUUAAACAUAUAUAUUUUGUUACUAUCAAUUCGGCUUAGGAAAGCAGCUAUUUUCUUUUCUUUUCCACUUAUGUAAUCAAUUUUCGCAUCAUACUCCCCCAAUUGUACUAACCAACGCUGUAGCCCGGCAUUUAAUGGUAUAUCCUUACCACAAUUUUUUUCUGCAACCAUCUGUUUUAAGAUCAAAAUUCCUUCUGUAUAAAUAAGGUCUGUAAUAUUUUUCUGCCCACACUAUCGGUAACUCUUUUUCUAUAGUUGGGUAGUUUUUUUCGUGAGUGUUUAAUGUUCUCGAAGCGUAUGAAAUUGAAUGUUCAUCUUGAUUGAGAACUGCGCCGAUAGCAAAGUUACUAGCAUCAGUUAUUAGUUUAACUCUUUUGUUAAAAAUUGGAUAUCUUAAAAUGGGAGGAUUUGUAAUCAAAUCUUUUAAUUUUUCAAAGGCAGUUAUAUAACUUGGGUUAUAUAAAUUAUUGCCGGUUAAAUUGAAACGGCUAAAAAAUUGUAUUUUUUUGGUCAAGAUGACCUUUAUUGUUAAUUGUUUUGCAAAGACUAAAUUACAAUUUCAAUUAUCAAUUAUUUGUAACUUAAAAAUUACUUAUGCACGCGAUUUAUUUUUUUGUGUCUCGUUAUUUCGCGUGUGCCGGAUGUUGAUUUGUUAAUUGCUCGACAGUUGUUGUAAUGGUUGCAUUAUUAUUGGUCAGCAUUCAUUCCUGGCUGUAGUUUAUACUGCGCAUGCCGGAUGUUGAUUGGUAUAUUGUUUAUCCAGCAUUAUUCUGUUUAUCGCAGUUAACUUUAGUGUUGCUAACUUAUACGUUAAUUUUUGCAUCUUUUUUUAGAUAUGCGACCAUACGGUAAACUAUUUUAGAAUAGUCUUUGAUGAAUAUCCAAUAGAAGCCUAUGAAACCUAAGAAAGAUUUUAUUUGUUUUUGCCAAGUGGGUAACUUAAAUUUUUGUAUGGCUUCCACUUUAUUUGGGUUUGGCCUUAUCCCUUCAGGGGUUAGUAAAUAACCUAGAAAGUCUGUUUCUUUUUUUUUAGAAAAUUGCAUUUAUCUAGUCUUACUUUCAAUUUCGCUUGUUGUAAUUUUUGAAAUAUUUUCUUCAUAUUUUCUAAGUGUUCUGACAAUGAGGUACUAAAGAUGAGAAUAUCGUCUAAGUAGACAACGCAUAUUUUAUUUAUGAAAUCUCGGCGAACUGAAUUAAUGAAAGAACUGAAUGGCUUUCUUUGGAAUUCAAAUGAGAUAAAUCUAAGUUUUCCAUGACACUGAAUUCUAUUGCGCAAAUUUCCUGCUUUUUAUAUGGAUUAACUCUUUCAAAAUGUAUUGUAUUUCCUAAUAUAUUAAUAAAGCUAUUCUCUACAUCAAUCUUAGCUUUAAGGGGAAUGAUAAAAUUUUGACCUAUUAUAGCUUCAUACUUUUUGCUAUCAAAAUCAAUUACCUUCCACGAUAAGGUACCUGAAGCAUUAUAUUCAUCAGGUAUGGGAGUAAAUAUUCUGUGUGUCACUUGAUUGAUACCAUUUAUUGCCCUGUACCAAAGAGAUGAAGAACGCUUUUGUUUAAAAAAAUAUUUAUCUAAAAUGUUUGGUUUAAUUAAACUGGUAUCUGAACCUGUAUCAAUGAGGCAUGUAAUUUCAUGACCGCAAAUUGUUACAGUUAUUAGGGGCAAUUUGCAGGUGGAGACAUUUUUACCAAAAUUUACAUCCUCCUCUACAUUACUUACCUCCAUCGGCUGAUAACUCGCCUCGGUCCAACUAGGUCUAGUACUUUGAGUAUCAACACUCAUGUGUAAAUUUGACUUGGUUUGAUAAUUAUUAUAUCAAUUAUUUAGUUGGAAACUUGAUUACUUUGUUCUCUAAUACUUUGGUUAGGAAAGCGUUUACUCUGCACUGAGUUCUGGUGGUUAUAGCUAUUAUUGGUUUGAGUAUUUUGAUUAUUUCUCCCUUUAAUAUUAUUUAAUUUACUAGUUUCGAACGUCCUUUGAUUAUAAUGUUUCCCGUUAUUGUAUGAAAUAGCUCUCUUCUCGUCUAAUAACCAACUUAUAUUUUGAAAAGCUAUUAUACAUUUCGAGUAAGGUAGCACUUUCGUUCAAAUGAGUACGAUAACUUCCGUCAAUUUUUUCCAAUAAAAUAUCCCUAAGAUCCCUAUCUACAUUUGUAGGCAUAUAAUAUAUUGAGGGUUUUGCCUCAUCAAAUUCGUAAAGCUCAUUAAUCCUAUAACUGGAGUCCAAAAAGAAAUCAAAAAGUUCUCUUAAAUUACUAACCUUAAUAUUUCUGCAUCGAUUGAAGAUUUGCGAGUAGGUUUCCUCCGGUUGGUAUUUUUGUUUCAAACGCUUAUUUACCUACGUCGAGUUGCUAUGGUUUGCCAGUUGUUGGAUGCAGCUUCCUGCUUCGCUGAUUAGUUUUUCGUUUACAACGAUUUGUGUAACGAACUCCUCCAAAUGAGACUUGUUGUUACAUAAGUAAAAACAUCUUUCUCACGGUUUAAUGGGUUUAAAUGACGAAAGUGACUUAUAACUUUAUCUUAAUAAUGUGGUUUUUGGCCUAAUGGAUUAGCAAGUUUGUUGUAGUGGUAAUAGUGUCUAAAAUCGUUUAGACAACAGACCGAGAUAUGUUGUUUAACGUAUUUCUUAAUAUCCUUUGUGGUGAAGUAUGCUGACGUAUGCAAAGGUUCUCUGUUUGCUUCUUUCGCUUGUUUGUCAGCCAUUCGUUUCCUUGAAUCCCUGUGUAUCCAGGUAUCCACAUAAUUUUAAUAAUGUUAUUGUGUUGAGAAAUAAGGUUUUUGCCGUGAAACGUCUUUAAAAUCGUCCUGAAGCAUGCGGGUACCAGGUUUAAAAAAUGGAGCGUAACGAAAAAGUCUAUAUCAUCGUACCUUAAUAAUUAAAAAACUAUAAGUCUUAGAAACAAAAAUGUGGUGCGAUUUCGCUUAUAUAGUCAGCUCGCUGUUAUGACAUUGAGUUUGUGUCCGGGUCGAGCGGGGCGGCGAGAGGCAUACCGCGUUAACUGUGCGAAACCGGCGCUCUCGCUUAUUUCCAUUCAGUGUAACUCGUGACUCCGACUUUAUAACGCCGUAAUUCUUUCGUGUGUUGUCAAGUUUAUUUAAACCGAUUGAUUCAUACAAAAAUAAGUGUAAUUAUUACAGUAUUUAUAUUUAAAAUAACCAGAAAUGCUUUUUUGCUAUUUCGGCCUCAUCUCGUGCAAGAGCCAGCCAGAAAUAUAAAUUACGGCUAUCGUUACAAAGAGGGGCUAUGGGCCACGCAUAUGUAUCCCAAUGUCCGGCGCCGAGCGGGUUUCGGGAACGUCGCAAAGCUGCUGCCGCUGACCUCUCGAGUACCUCUACCACUGGAAUACCUAUACUUAUGGACAUAACGGAUGAACAGACGAUCGAUAUAUCUAUUGGAUCUGCCACGGAACUGAAAGAUGUCCAUAUCAGUAGAAGUGAAGCAAUGCCAAAUUAUUGGCGUUCAGCGGACAAACGCUUCAAAACGGUAUUUGGUUACUCUUGCAGCGUUUGUGAUCGACUUUGGUUCAAAAGAGACGUAAAGAAUGUGAAAGAUCGCAACAUUUCUUUCAUUCAAACAAAAUUACCCGAUGAAAAUGUAACGGAAUUUCGCUUAUGCAGUACCUGUGGCAAAUCGAUAGAUGCUAAUGAAAUCCCAACGCUGUCGUGCUCAAACGGUUUUCGUUAUCCUUCAAAGCCGAGCGGACUGCCGCUGCUUGACCCGAUCAGCAUUCGAUUGAUUUCACUUCGGUUACCAUUUACGCAAAUUCGUCGAUAACGCUACGAAGGUAACUAUUGUAUAAACGGCCAGGUAAUCAAUGUACAAAAUGGUGCAGCAAUUACCGAGGCGGAUAGACGACGAUUUUGCUUUUAAUGUCAACAUAAAAAAGAAACGUAUUCAUAAACCGAAUUACUUGAUUAGGUAGAUUAGUCGAAUUUCAGAUUGAGUCUGUCGACCCCAACUUUGCCUCAGGAUCUGAAAUCCUGCUGGCUCGGCAACAUACUUUGCUAUGGAAUGAGGAACAAUGUUUGGAUAUUGCUCCGGGACAGAAUUCAUCUCCGAUCAACAUAAUCUAUGAUGUUCACGGCGAGGAACUAUCUUUCCCUCAAAUAUACUACUCGUAAUAAUAAGUAAUUUAUGUUUCUAUUAUGUACCUGUUCUUUUAUUAUUAAAAUACUUAAAACAGUGCCAAUCUUGUUUUCAUUUCAAUAUUUUACUUUAAAAGCGAUUCGCUAACAUAGACGUUUCACGUUAAAACCAACGGCCGUGUGCCCCGGCACAGCCCCACCCGAUUUUUCUUGUGUUUCGUUAUACAUAUUGUUGGUAGGUUUGUUGUUUGUAAUAGAAGAAAUAUUUUCUGUAGAAGAAAUUUGUGAGAAUUUGUUAUUUUCUUUUAAAUUGUUGCUAGUAUUUUUUGCUAUACUAGCGAAUGUAGAAGAGUUUCACUUAGUGCAGGCGUAAACUGAGUGUUUUGUAUUUUUAUUGCUUCUCGCAUGGAGCACUUUUUGUCUGUUUUUAUGGUUAUCAUUUGUUUCAUUUGUAUAAAUUUGGAACAUAUUUUGUCUGAAGAUGAGUGAUUACCUGAACAGUUAGGCAAAUGGAACGAGUACAAGAGGAUGGUUGGUGAGGGGGGAGAGCGCACAUCGCUUUGUUGUAUGACCUAAAAGUUGGCAAUUUUUGCACCUCAUAGGGUUUGGAUAGGAUGGCCUUACCUUAGUUGUGUACCAUGACACUUCAAUUUUUUCAGGUAGGUGAUAUUUAUCAAAGGUCAGGAGAACGACUCCACUAGGUACUGGCUUUGGUUAAUGUAAUUAGGGAAUUUGAAAAUUGAUAUAACUCCCUGUUCUUUUAAAUGUUCAAUAAUUUCAUCGUCUAAGAUUUCAUUGAGGCAUGGUGCGUAAAUUGUUCCUUUUGUGUAGCUAAGGUUGUUAUGGAGUUUUAUUUCUACAUCACAUAUGCUAAAUAAAGUUUUCGUUGAUAUGGAUUUUUGAGCUAUGUUGUUGGUUUAACCUAGUAAUAAUAGUUUUCCGGCUCUAAGCUCCGAUAUAUUUAUUAUUUCGCUGUUUAUAUUUUUUAACGCUUUGUGCACAGCAAAAUACGAAUAUUUUUUUAUGGGUUUUUGUGAGUUCGUUGCACUUUGCACUAAAUAUCUUGGAUGGUCUUUUGUCGUUGGAGAAAGGCUCGGGAAAUUGUUAAUGGGAAAUGCUUGAAUUUUUUUCUUUUUGAUUUGAAACUUGUUGAUAACAGGGAGAACCUGUUAUCACUAAGGGAGUGUCCCCCUGGGGAUAUGUUUCUUGUUGUUCACUAUACUAUAAUAUAUACACCAGAGUGUCCGUUAUUUCCCAAAUUUAUUUUUGAGUCUACAGUGGCCUCAAUAAACAAUCAAUAUUGAUGUAAAUAAUGAUAAUUUUUUGUUACAAAAAAAAAUCAUUUUUAGCUCAACUUUGACCUUGAAUAACUUUGACGGAAGUGAUUUUUUUGAAAAACUUCAGAGAAACUUUUUGUAGAUCGUUCAAUUUCCUACAGGAAUAAUUUGGUGCCGCAGCAAUGUAUCAAUUGGCUUCGCAAAGAAAAAAUUAAUUGCAAAAUGUACGAAACCCCCAUGUUAUUUAAAUGGGAAAUAAAUCGUCGUUGCGGCACGGGUUAUUGUCAAUAUUAAGAGCUCAUAUCGGCUUCAUAAUAUUUUUAGGGCAUAUAUUAAAAAUGUUGAGGGCGCUGCAGACUCAAAAAUAAAUUUGCGAAAUAACGGACACUCUAAUAUACACUCUUUAAAACGUGCUUUAAAUGAAAGUUCUUGAAGUUAGAAUGCACUUACGAAAAAUGGUGUAAGAAAAUAGCAAAAACACAACCGUUCGCUUUGAGUAUCAGUCGAUGACUGAUAUUUAAAUACAUAUAACGGGUGAUUUUUUUGAGGUUAGGAUUUUCAUGCAUUAGUAUUUGACAGAUCACGUGGGAUUUCAGACAUGGUGUCAAAGAGAAAGAUGCUCAGUAUGCUUUGACAUUUCAUCAUGAAUAGACUUACUAACGAGCAACGCUUGCAAAUCAUUGAAUUUUAUUACCAAAAUCAGUGUUCGGUUUUUUUUUUUUUUCGGACAAAUUUUGUUCAGCGAUGAGGCUCAUUUCUGGUUGAAUGGCUACGUAAAUAAGCAAAAUUGCCGCAUUUGGGGUGAAGAGCAACCAGAAGCCGUUCAAGAACUGCCCAUGCAUCCCGAAAAAUGCACUGUUUGGUGUGGUUUGUACGCUGGUGGAAUCAUUGGACCGUAUUUUUUCAAAGAUGCUGUUGGACGCAACGUUACGGUGAAUGGCGAUCGCUAUCGUUCGAUGCUAACAAACUUUUUGUUGCCAAAAAUGGAAGAACUGAACUUGGUUGACAUGUGGUUUCAACAAGAUGGCGCUACAUGCCACACAGCUCGCGAUUCUAUGGCCAUUUUGAGGGAAAACUUCGGACAACAAUUCAUCUCAAGAAAUGGACCCGUAAGUUGGCCACCAAGAUCAUGCGAUUUAACGCCUUUAGACUAUUUUUUGUGGGGCUACGUCAAGUCUAAAGUCUACAGAAAUAAGCCAGCAACUAUUCCAGCUUUGGAAGACAACAUUUCCGAAGAAAUUCGGGCUAUUCCGGCCGAAAUGCUCGAAAAAGUUGCCCAAAAUUGGACUUUCCGAAUGGACCACCUAAGACGCAGCCGCGGUCAACAUUUAAAUGAAAUUAUCUUCAAAAAGUAAAUGUCAUGAACCAAUCUAACGUUUCAAAUAAAGAACCGAUGAGAUUUUGCAAAUUUUAUGCGUUUUUUUUUUUUAAAAGUUAUCAAGCUCUUAAAAAAUCACCCUAUAUUAGAAUAAAAUUGAGAACAUUGUGUACACAUAUAUAUAUGAUCAAAUUGAAUGCUGAAUUUUGUCCAUUUCAACUCCUUCACAGUAAUCCCCUCCCGCUGCAAUACACUUAUGCCAACGAAUUUUCCACUCAUCAUAGCACUUGGAAAAUCCUACGUCGUGAUGGCCAUCAGAGCUUUCUUCGUUUCAGCUUACGUAUUCUCAAUUGAGUCAAAACGGUGUCCUCAGAGUGAUCGUGUGAAUUUGCUGAAGAGCUAGAAGUGAAACGAAUGUAAACGAGGCGAAUGCGGUGGUUGCGGCACGACAUUAGUUGAAAAUGUGGCGAAAUGAUCACGAAUAAGUAAUGCAGUAUGAGACUAACAUUAACACUAACUAACAGUAAUAGUAUCGCCAACUUACAAAAAAAAAUUACCAAUUCGAAAAACGUGCGAAGUAUAAAUUAAAAAUUCCCCUUUCAAUUUGAUGAUAAGUAGUAUAUGAGUAUUAGGGCGGGUCGAUUUAAAAAUCGCUCAUUGCUCUGUGAAAAUCGUAUUCUAGGGAUCAAAAUAAGAAACUUUGCCGAAGGAACCAUAUCUCUAAAACGAAUUUUGAUGUGCCCCAAUUUGGGUCGAACUUUUGGGUAGGGGCAAAUUUUGGAAAAUCCCACUUUGACCCAUUUAGAGUGCUCCAAUCGAGUCAAAAUAUAUGACCGACCCCCACUAACUUUGAACGGCCGAUCCACCCUUGCCAGUGGUACACCCCCUGGAACUCCCCUGGGGGGUUCCCCAUACAAUCGUUUCAAAAAAUCAUCAUUUUUGGCCUUUACAUGAAAAAAUCAGCUAAAUGGCUAUGUUUUUUCUUUAUUUUUAUUUAUUUAUUUAUAAUAAUAUCUAUUUUUUCUCUUAAGAAAUUUAUUUAUUUGAAAUAUUGUUUGAAGUCUUUUUUACUUUCAAGUCUGGGCAAUUUCGCAGGCUCUCUAAUGUCGUCGCCAUAACAGCCUCUACAUUUUCCGGUAUAACCCGUUUGGAAACGCUAGCUAGCAAUUGAACAUGUCGCUCCGUUCCUUGUAUGUGUGAUGGAAUUUUUGGAUCAUUAAACGGUGGAUCAUCUUGAUUUAAAUAUUCUUUCAAUGUAUCGUACGGAAUGCUUCGCGUGAAUGGUGGUUCAAAUACGAUAUUUAUAUCAUUCAAAUUGAUCAUUUCCGUAUAACUUGUGCAAUUAAGUUUAUAUCUGGUUUUUUAUAAACUCUCAGUUCCAUUGGCUCGUCAACAUCGGUUCGAUAGCGUAGAAUUUUCUUGAUGGCACAGUCGCGCUUUUCUUUCCUAUCAUCAAACAACAUUGAUAAGAAGAUAUUUUCCGAAUGCGCAUAAUAUGAAUUAUCUUUAAUUACUUGAUUGACAAUUUUGCGUAACCGAGGUUCUAGAAAUCGUGACCAACCAAUGAACUUGAAAAAUAAUGCACUGCCGUACACGACAGAGCUGUAAUACUUGAUAUUGAAGUACAUUGAUACAUAACAUUUAAUUAUAAAUUCAACCAGAAUUCUUAAAUUUGCAUCUGGAUUUUCCGUUGUCACAUAUAAUCGCAAUAAUCUAGCGGCCUUGGUGAGCCAACGAGAAUGUACAAUUUUCCCUGGUUUGAUGUUAGCCAGAUCCACCGGAACCACGCCGCUAGAAAUUACAUGGGCCAUGUCGUAUCGAAUCGGUGAAAAAUUCUUUUUUAUCAGGGGCAUAUUUUGCAACUCAAUUUUCUGGAAGCCGUCCAUCAACUAAAAAUAUAUAAUAAUGAAAUAAUUAAAAAUUAUAAUAAAUGAGUGAUAGCAAUAACUUACCGGAAGAGUUUCACAAGUUUCGAUUUGACGGCUCAGCUUUCCGCAUUUACAUGUUCCAAUGUAAAAAUUUGUUUCCAGAGAUUUUACAUACUCUGUAGUGAUGAGCGAUAUUUCACUACCGGUGAUUUUAUCACUGUGAUUGAAAAAUCGCUUAUAGUCACUGCUAUUGUUAGCCCAAAAUAUCAGUGAUUGGUGAUUUUUCUUCUAACCAAUAUUUCACUGUGAAUGAGAUUUACAAUUGGCACUAGCUAUUGCAUGUGGUGAUUUUUUUUGGUGUUCGAAGUAGAAGUAGUGAUUUUGAAUACUUCUUUAUUCACUGUGAAUAUAUGUGGUGAUUGUGGUUAGACGCAGAAAUUUUGAUUUUGAAUACUUUUUCACUGUGAAUAUAUAAGUGUAUUGCGUAUUACUUAAUUCCGUUGAACGAAUGCUUAUUACAAAUAUUUUGAAUUCGAAUUUUUUUAAAUUUAUGAAAUAUUGUGAAAAUGUCUUUUAAAAUAAAUAAAAAACGUAGUGAAAUGUGGCAAUUUUUCGAUGCAAUUAAUGAAACUCAUGCAAAAUGCAAAAUUUGUAAAAAAGAAAUAUCCUAUAAAACGUCGCAUACGAAUUUAAAAAAGCAUAUGCAAAAUCGGCAUCCAACAGUGGAACUUCCAGGAGCAGCGACCGUGCAAAAAAUAGGAAGUAAACAAACGGAAAAUCCAGAUGCACAACAUGAAGUUACGGAAACAAAUGUACAAUACGGUAAAACAUAACAUCUUUACUUCGGAUUUCAGUUAAGAGAUUUAAAUAUAGUUUCAGAGCCUGUUCUGCGCCAGUCUAAAAUAACUGCCGGGAUAUGCAAUAUGAAGAUUUCUGCAAAGGCAAAAUAGGAAAUAGAUGAUGCGUUGCCAAUGCUCUUCAUUAAGGACUUACAACCUUUCAGCAUUGUCGAGGACAGCGGAUUUGUCCAAUUCGUUAAAGCGCUAAAUCCUGCAUAUGAACUACCCAGUCGGCAUGUAGUAUCAAGAACAAUAAUUCCGGCAUUAUAUGAAGCAUGUGUCGAAAAAGUGAAACUAAAAGUGGCGAAUGGUGUUAAAUUCUGCAUUACAACCGAUUGUUGGACAUCUCGCAAUACAGUGAGUUACAUUGCAAUUACACUACAUUUUGUUAGUGAAAAUUUUGAAUUUAACAAUAUUUUAUUGGAUUGCUGUCCAAUGAGUGAGACACAUACUGCCAAAAACUUAGCCGAGCAAAUACAAAAUGUCACAACUGAGUGGGGGGUAUUUGAUAACAUAAUAUUUGCAGUAUCUGAUAACGCGAAUAAUAUAAAGAGUGCCUUACAAAAUGAGCUCAAAUUACGCCACUUCGGCUGUUUUGCGCAUACUUUAAAUUUAAUUGUUAAAGCAAGUAUAAGUGGCCAUGACGUUAAUACUGUUUUACAAAAAGUAAAACAAAUUGUCGCUCAUUUCAGAAAAAGUACAUCCACAAAUGAAAAAUUUAUGAGUUUUCAACGCAAUGCUGGUACCGAACCUUUGAAACUAAUUCAAAGCGUUGAAACUCGGUGGAAUUCUACUUUUUACAUGAUUGAACGUUUUGUAAAAGUGGAAGAUGCUGUUAAAAGUACUGUCGCUCUCAUAGAUAAGGAAUUACCCCGAAUUAGUCCUGAGGAAUGGUUGUUGUUAAAGGAUUUACUAACUGUUUUAAAACCUUUCGAGUAUACCACAAAAGAAAUAAGCGGCCAAAAAUAUUGCACCGGAUCAAUGGUUAUUCCUAUUGUAAAUGGUCUCAAAAGCGUGUUUACUAGGUGGGCAAAAGCCAAUACUUAUGUAGAUCCUGUAAAAGCAGUGACUUUUGAAUUAUUAAAUGGUAUAAAUGAAAGAAUAGGAAAUACCGAAAGGAGCAACACUCUAGACAUGGCAUCAUUCUUGGAUCCUUGUUUCAAAAAUUUCGCCUUUUCUGACCCCACAAUAGCCGACAUGUAUAAAAACCGAAUCAUUGCAGAUGUAGGUAGAAUAAUUCAAGAAGCCCAAGCAAAUGAACCCCAAGAACCACAAGUAGAAACCUCAGAGUUUUCAAUAUGGAGCUAUAUAGACUCCAAUAUUGCGUCAAACAAGCCGCGAGGUACUUGCAAUUCAAGAGCCAUUAUCGAGGUUCAGCGUUAUUUGGAAGAGGCAGUAAUUGCUCGGAAUGGGGACCCCUUCAAAUGGUGGCAGCACAACAAAUAUAAAUAUCCAUAUCUGUCUCCCAUAGCUCGGAUAAAAUUAGGAUGUUUAGCGUCAUCGGUUCCCUGCGAACGGCUUUUUUCUCAAGCCGGACUUAUUUUGAGUGAAAGAAGAAUGCGAUUGGACGAUGAAAAAACAAAAAUGUUGAUUUUUUUAAAUGCGAAUCAGUAAUAGUUUUUUAACUUGUGUUUUUUAAAUUUAAAUUUAAUGUGUGUGUGAGCUAAGUUUUUACUUUUUCUUAAUUAAUUACUUUGACUUAAUCUAAUAAUUUGAAUUAUGUUAAUUUUAUUUUCAAUCUACAUAAAACUGUUUAUUUUUGAAAAUCAAUUAAUUUGAA